GAACGAUGAUCAUCGUAUGCACGACAAGUGUACAUAUUUGCCAACAUUAGUAGUCUCAAUUUCUUGGAAAAUUUUCUGGAAGACUAUUUGGUUGCUAAUUGUCAGUAUAAAAUAAUCGUUUCAGAUUUUUUUGUGACUUUUAAUAUUGACACAUGUACUCAAACAAUAUAAAUAUAUACUUAGAAAAAUGACGGAAAAAAUAGUCGACAAUUUUCAACUAGAGCUUAACCAUACCAAGAAGUCGAAACCGGUUAAUCCUCCAGGAUGGGGGGGCACGACAUACGAUGGCAUUUCUUGGAUUUUUCGGGUUUGCAGUCGCUUAUUGUAUGAGAUUUAAUUUGUCCAUCGCCAUCGUCGCGAUGGUGGGGUCCAAAAAAGCGGGCCAAUUUCAUAAAUCUCCGUCAGCCUGCGCUUACAUGUCGAAUGACUCCGUAAAAGGGGACGAUGACCACUUGGCUGAACCGGAUCUUGGGGAAUUUCACCAUUGGACAGAAGCCGAACAGGGUUUUAUCCUAGGAAGUUUCUUCUGGGGGUAUGUCCUCACGCAACUUCCAGGGGGCAUUUUGGCGGACAAAUAUGGAGGAAAAUGGCCACUAGGAUUGGGACUCUUGUUUACCGCUGUAUUCGCAAUUCUGUCCCCAAUUUGUGCCCGGACGCAUACCUAUCUUCUCAUAUUUUGUAGAGUGAUGCAGGGCUUGGGGCAGGGACUUACGGUGCCCGCUAUGCAUGAAAUUCUUGCCCACUGGGCGCCCCCAGACGAGAGGAGUCAACUCGCCGGCAUAGUUUAUGCAGGUGCUCAAUUCGGAACUGCGGUGACCAUGGUGGGGAGUGGUUAUUUGAUUCAUGCCGGAGUAAUGGGAGGCUGGCCGUCCGUUUUCUACGUAAUGGGAGGAAUUUCUUUCAUUUGGUUCAUAUUUUGGACAAUACUCAUUUCCAAUAAGCCUUCAGAACAUCCAAGAAUCUCAGAAGAAGAACUUAACUAUAUUCAAGAGAGCAUUGGUGACCAGUCCGCGGACGAGGAAAAUGCUUCAACUCCAUGGUUCGAGAUUUUCACCUCGUUACCAGUUUGGGCAAUUAUAGUUGGACAUGUUGGUCAUGCAUGGGGUUUGUACACGCUACUCACCGAGCUUCCCACCUAUCUCAGUACCGUGCUCCAAUUCGAUAUUAAGGAUAACUCUUGGCUGUCAGCUUUUCCACAUCUCGUCAUGUGGAUCGUGUCCUUGAUAGUUCCCCGAGUUGCGGAUUACUUUAUAUCCAACGAUAUCUUGAGCACUGUAGUUGUGAGAAAGAGUUGCCAAAGUAUUGCCCACCUGGGAGCAGCAGUAAUGUUAAUUGCUGCCAGUUAUUCUGGAUGUUAUCGAAUUGCAACAAUGACAUUUUUGACGAUUGCGGUGGGUAUUAAUGGAACUAUUUAUGCAGGGUUUAUCUGCAACCACGUGGACCUGGCACCCAGGCAUGCAGGGAUUUUAAUGGGAAUCACAAAUACCUUUGCCACCCUUACCGGCUUCGGAGCCCCUUGACUUUGUGGUCUUAUGAUCAAUAACGAUCCGUCACUCCAAAACUGGCAAUACGUUUUUUUCAUAGCGGCUGGAAUUUACAUGGUCGAUGUCAUAUUCUACUCGUUAUUUGCGGCAGGGUCGGAACAAAAGUGGAAUAGGGGGGUUCGGAAAUAA